CUGUGAGCGGAGGGGGGCGGAGGUUUUAAGAAAGGUUCUGCCAUUGCGGUGUCGAGUUUACUGGGAGCUAAGGGAGCGAGGAGGUUAUAGUGGUGAGAUGUUAUUAUAACAUACUGGAACUGAAUUAUUCGCCGCAUAUCGAAUGACGUACACAAUAAUGCAAUGCUGAACUAUGCAUAUUACACAGGCAAGAGGUCUAUGUUUAUACAGGUGUGUUACCUGUAGCUCCCAGAGAAAAGGGGCUGGGUUUGUUUUCUCACUUUUCGGUUCUUUCCGGAACAGCUUACAGACCGGUUUAUCAAAUGUAUUAACGUUCAUCUAUGGAUGAGAACGGAAAACCCUGGCGCAAAGGACAUGCCAGUCGCCUUCGCUGUGGACUUACCUCGUCGGGAAUUCCUUGACCGUCUUUUGAACAUACAGUCAAUUCGAAAAUGGCUAUUGUUUAAGUAAAUCAAAGAGGAAUAUCCACGUUAGCAACUGCUUCCUGGUCAUAUCAAACUGCGACUUUUUAUUACGACUUUUAAGUGAUUGAAUGCGGAGGUUUUCCCUGAAACUGAGCACUGACGCAUUGUGGAGAAAGCGAACUGGAUUUCCCACCCGGCUGCGCUACAAGCACGCUACAGCUUUGACGAACCACGAUGGCUGUAGUCCGGUUGGAAACAGGAGAUCAUCAACCAGAAAACGGCUUCGUGUCAUCAGAAACGACUUCCACGGGGUUGCUGUCACGUAUCGACGGUUCUGUUUUACCGUUUCUUGGAGGAUUUGGGAAAUACCAAAAACAACUCAUCGUCCUGACGUGUAUCCCAGUUUUAUUUCUGGGAUUCAGUCAGUUCUCCGAUAAUUUCCUUUUAGCACAACCAAAUAGUACGUGCAUAUACCCGAACGCGAAGAUUGGGAAUAACACUGGAAGUUCUGUAUCGUUAUUGCGUGAUUCGAACAGUAGCACGACCGCUCCACGUUUGCAUGCCAAUGGCACUGGCAACGAAUCCGCAAGCAUUGAUUGUUCGUGUUUGGAGUGGAACUACAGGCUACAAACAGGACUCGUGCAAAAUGUGGUCACCAAGUGGAAUUUGGUGUGCAAUUCAGAAUGGAAGGUCCACAUCGCAAAGUUCUCUUUGCUCGUGGGCUCCAUAUUUGGAUACUUGGUGUUGGGGGUCCUGGCAGACUGGUUCGGACGGAGGCCCGUGCUGAUCACCUCGGUGCUCUUCAUGGUGGUGUUCGGGCUGACGGUGGCCUUCUCCGUCAACGUCCCCAUGUUCAGCACCCUGCGCUUCUUCGAGGGGUUCUGCCUGGCCGGGAUCACCCUCUCCCUGUAUGUGCUGAGGAUAGAGCUGUGUCUGCCGCUCUGGCGUUUUCGGGUCACCAUGGUGGCUAACUUUGUGGUUCUGGCGGCGCAGCUCCUGAUGCCCGGUCUGGCUGCCCUGUGCCGAGACUGGCAGAUCCUGCAGGCCGUCAUCAUCUGCCCCUUCAUCCUUAUGCUGUCCUACAUCUGGGUUUUCCCAGAAUCCCUGCGCUGGCUUCUGUCUACGCAGCAGUACUGCCGCGCCAGACGGCAGAUGCACCGAAUUGCCAGGAAGAACAAGGUGGGCGGGACGGACACCGACGAGCUGUUCUCAGAACUCCAAAACGAGAGCCAGAAGAAGCCCAAGAAGACGUGCAUCGUGAAGAUGGUGGGCACCAGGAACCUGUGGAAGAACAUCGUGGUGCUCUGCGUGAACUCACUCACAGGGUAUGGGAUCCAUCACUGCUUUGCCCGCAGUAUGAUAGACCCCGAGGCGGGCAAGACCAGCGUGUUCCACAACUUCUACGCGGACUACUACACCAUGGCGGGCAUCGCCGUGGCGUCCUGCAUGGCACUGUGCCCGGCCGUGGGGUUCAUGGGCCGCCGGGGGGGUCUGCUCAUGUUCAUGAUCAUCACCGCCCUGGCGUCCCUGCUGCAGCUGGGCCUGCUGACCUUGCUGGGGAAGUACAGCUUUAAGCUGAACAUAGAGCAAGAACAGUCCGACACCCUGAACAAGAAGUUCUCCAUCGCCUUCUCCAUCAUCGGCAUGUUCUCCUCCCACGCCGUCAGCAACCUCAGCAUCUUCUUCUGCGCGGAGAUCACGCCCACCGUCAUCAGGGGCGGGGGGCUGGGCCUGGUGCUGGCCAGCGCGGGUUUCGGGAUGCUGACGGCGCCCAUCAUGGAGCUGCACAACCAGAAGGGCUACUUCCUGCACCACGUGAUCUUCGCCUGCUGCACGCUCAUCUGCAUCAUCUGCAUCCUGCUGCUCCCGGAGACGCGCUACAAGCCGCUGCCCGAGCACAUCGGCGACGGCGAGGCCUGCGUCCGCCCCCCGCUGCUCGCCCCCAAGAAGGCGGGCGAGCAGGACCCCCUGCUCCACCAGGCGGAGCCCGGCGAGCGGGCCCGGGUGCAGGAGACCGCUCUGCGCGGGACGGACGAGCCCCGCGCCGUGGAGGACGUGUCCGUCUGCGUCGUCGGGACCCCGCCCCCCGGCACGGCGGUGGCCCCGCCCCCCUGCGUCGUAGAAGUCACGCCCGUCCGCUCGACGGGAGCUCCGCCCCCCUGCAAAGUGGACGCCGUGGGUCCCGUUGCUGUGGAAAACGAGCUCCCCAAGAUUGCUGGCGCAAACCCACCCAUUGCUAAAGACAACACACCUCCUAGUACUGCAGACAUAACGCCACCUUCACCACCCUCUACUACAGACACAACACCACCCUCACUACCCUGUACUACGGACACAACACCAUCAACACCACCCUCACCACCCUGUGCUACUGAUGCCACAUCUCCCGAUACUACAGACCCAAAAUCUCCCGAUUCAACAGACCAGAAAUCUCUCGAUACUACAGACCCAAAAUCUCCCAGUGCUACAGACCCCAAAUCACCCAGUGCAACAGACCCCAAAUCUCCCAGUGCUACAGACUCCAAAUCUCCCAAUGCUACAGACCCCAUAUCUCCCAGUGCUACAGACCACAAAUCUCCCAGUGCUACAGACCCCAAAUCUCCCAGUGGUACAGACUUCAAAUCUCCCAGUGCUACAGAUCCCAAAUCUCCCAGUGCUACAGACCCCAAAUCUCCCAAGGCUACAGACCCCAAAUCUCCCAGUGCUACAGACCCCAAAUCUCCCAAGGCUACAGACCUCAAAUCUCCCAGUGCUACAGACCCUAAAUCUCCCAAGGCUACAGACCCCAAAUCUCCCAGUGCUACAGACCCUAAAUCUCCCAGUGCUACAGAGCCCAAAUCUCCCAGUGCUAAAGACCCCAAAUCUCCCAGUGCUACAGACCCCAAAUCUCCCAAGGCUACAGACUCCAAAGCUCCCAGUGCUACAGACCCCAAAUCUCCCAGUGCUACAGACCCUAAAUCUCCCAAGGCUACAGACCCCAAAUCUCCCAGUGCUAAAGACUUUGUAUCUCCCAGAGCUACGGAUGCUGUUCUCCUUGGUGCUACAGACGCUCCGGCUACUUGUGUUAUAGACGCCGUUAACUCUGCUCCCACAACCCCCUGCGCUACGGGUGUGCUCGCCGACGCCCCCACCGAUCCUGCAACCCCUCCAGCCAACGGCACUGCCACAGCAAACGCCACGCCCCCUUCCCUCAGCCCAGGCUCCGCCCCCAACGGCGGCACGGAAGGCGCGAUACCGCUGAACGGCGCCGCCAAUGGAGUGAGGUCGUCCUGAUCGAACCCUCCCACGGCGGGGGUGGGGGGGG